AUGACUAGGGUGGCAAUUGACAGCGAUUCCGAAUUCGAGGCAAGGCAUCACCAUCGACGGCCGCGCGCCAGCCUUGAUGAUGUUGAGAUUACGCCAGUCGAGAGAGCGCAGAAGGAGAAGCAGCCGAGCAGGAGAUCGGUGACGUUAAUUCGAGACGAGGCGCCCACCCGUUCCACCCCGGAAUUUCCACUUCGCCGCAGUCGUGGACGAGAACGAACAUCCUCUCAUGGUAAAAGCUCAACAAGGGGGCACAUCAGGCGGCUGGUCGAUCUCGACUAUCUCAAGGCCAUCGACGACGUCGAUGACAUCGACGAUAAGAUCGCCAGUCUACUCCGAUUUGAAGAGGCACGGAAAGAAGAAAGGAGGCAGAAGAAACAGGAGGAACAGGAACUACAAAGGAAGCUCCAAGACCUUUCGCGGGAGGCUGCUGAGAAAGAAGCGUUGGAGCGUAAGGCACGGGAGGGGAAGUUGGAUUCCCUCGAACGCAGGCUUGAAGACCAAAAACGCCGCGAGGAAUUGAGAAAUGAGAUACGCCUAGAGGAGGCACAAAAUCUGCUAGCAGAACAAGAACGCGCGGCUCGCGAGGCGGCAGUCAAAGCCGCUGCGGUGGAAGAAUACAAGCAAGCUGAAGUGCGCCGACGCCUUGAGGAAGAAAGACUUCGAUCCCAGGUAUGGCAGCAGUGUCGCGCUCAAAUCGAGGCAGAGCUUGGCUAUUCCCUCCCUCAUGUCAAGUCCAUUCUCGAUGAUUUAAUCGUGAUACGGCGGCCAGGUGGAAAUGGAAGAGCGGUUCCUCGACGACGGCGAUCGUCGUUGUUGACAAGUGAUGCAGAUGAUGAGACUCGAGCUAAAGCCAGCCUCUUUUGUCCUAUCAAUGAAAUUAUGCUUAUAUGA